UGCCCCAUGCUGGUAACGCACAGCCUCUUUUCAACAACCACCACGGCAAGGAGUUUCAAAAUUGAAAAAGAAAGGUAUUCUUCAUUUGUUUUUAUAACUUUUUGUCAACCUAUUCUUCAUCUUCUUCUUCUUCUUACAAACAAAGUAACUAAUGGAGGCCAUUCAGAGAGAAACACCGGUCUCACUCUCAAAUUCUGUGAAAAAAUUGUUAGAAAAGAUUGUUUCUAUCGACAACUUCCGGAACACGAAGCUUGACGUUUCACUCUUGACAAACCUGAAGACAACACUGCUGGAUCUUCAAGAUGCACUUUAUAUUGCUAACAAGAAACUCAUCCCCACUCAAGCUAACAACAACUCGCUCCAUUUCUUGACUCGUGCUGUUUUUCAAGUUACCAAUUUGCUUCACGAAACCUAUUUUUUACCGUAUGCUACCAAUAACCAGCUCAAAACUCAUUUUAGUUUAACUUUUUUCAUUGCAGUGAUUAAGUCUAAAACUGUUGAUUUAGUUCAAAUAUUACAAGGCUUUAGUUCAGGAAAACAACUUGGUGAUGUUGAAUCUUCUAUUUAUGGAAGAGAUGCUGAUAUAGAGAAACUUAAACAUCUUUUGUUGUCUAGGGAUAGUGAUAGUGAAAGUAAAAUAAGAGUGAUUUCCAUUGUAGGUAUGGGAGGGGUUGGCAAAACAGCUCUUGCCAAACACCUUUACAAUGAUCCUCAAGUUAAGGCCAAAUUUGACUUAAAAUUGUGGGCAGAUUUCUCAAAUGAGGUAGAUGAUUUGAGUGUUUUUGAAACCUUUCUUGAAUCUAUUACUACUUCAAAAACAACCCCCAGUAAUGAUAUUGAUACCAUUUACCCAAUUUUUUUGAUGGUAUUGGAUGGUGUGUGGGAUACAAGAUUUGUCAAUUGGACAUUUCUGAUGGAUAUCUUGAAAGCUGGGAAAACAGGAAGUCGGGUCAUCAUCACAACACAAGAUGAAAGUAUUGCAAUAUCCAUGAAUACCAUUCUUUCUUCUUUUGUCCACUAUCUCAGACCCUUGAAACUUAAAUAUUGCUGGUCUUUACUUGCCGAACAUGCAUUUCGACCACAUUCCUACCACGAACAGCGAUCCUAUCUAGAAGAAAUUGGCAGAAAAAUUGCAAAAAAGUGUCAUGGAUUACCGUUAGCUGCUGUAGAAUAUGGGGCUAUUCUUCGCAUCUCAUCGGACCCAAAUGUUUGGAAUUAUGUGCUAGAAAGCCACGCUCGGGAAACAGCUUAUGAGGUGCUAGCUUCUCUCGAAUUGAGCUACAAUUUUCUUUCUUAUCCUUUAAAACGGUGUUUUCAAUAUUGUUCAAUUUUUCCAAAGAAGUCCGUCUUAGAAAAAAGGAUGGUAGUUCAGUUGUGGAUUGCAGCAGGCUUACUAGAAUCAUCAUCCACAAAUCAAGAAAAAGUUGGAGAAGAAUACUUUGAUGAUCUAGUGUCAAGGUCAUUGAUACAUCGGCGAUCUAUUGGUGAUGAGGAAAGAAACUUCGGAAUGCAUAACUUCAUCCAUGAUUUAGCUACAGAGGUUUCAUCUUCAUACCAUAUCAAUAUGGACAAACAUAACCCAGAUAAUCGGAUGCGGAAUUUCUCAUAUAAUAGAGAGACAUAUGAUUCAUAUGACAAAUUUGAUAAAUUAUACGGAUUAAAAAGUCUGCAUACCUUUCUAGCAUUCCCAUUACAAGAACAACUACCUCUUUGUUUGCUAUCAAACAAGAUAGUACAUGACACGCUGCCAAAAAUGAAACAAUUACGCAUGUUGUCUCUGUCAAGCUACAAGAGCAUCACCAAGGUUCCCAACUCUAUUGGAAAUUUGUUAUAUAUGCGAUACUUAAAUCUCUCUCACACUAAUAUUGAAAGGCUCCCUUCUGAAACAUGCAAGCUUUACCAUCUGCAGUUCUUGUUGUUGGCAGGCUGUAAAAGGUUGACCGAAUUGCCGGAGGACAUGGGAAAAUUGAUUAAUCUGCGCCACCUUGACAUUAGUAACACCGCGUUGAGGGAGAUGCCAGUACAAAUAGCCAAGCUAAAGAAUCUCCACACUUUGUCUGACUUUGUUGUCAGCAAACAUAAUGAUGGAUUGAAUAUUGCAGAGCUAGGAAAACUUCCACACCUACAAGGAAAACUUUCAAUCUCACAGCUACAAAAUGUUAAUGACCCCGUUGAAGUAGAUCGAGCCAAUAUAAAGAUGAAAGAACAAAUAGACGAAUUAGCCUUGGAAUGGGAUUGUGGUAGUACUUUUUUAGAUUCACAAAUUCAAAGUGUUGUACUUGAACAUUUGCAACCCUCAAUAAAUUUGAAAAGUCUCACCAUCAAAGGCUAUGGUGGAAUCAGCUUUCCAAACUGGUUACGUGAUUUUUUAUUUAGCAACAUGGUGUAUAUGAAGAUUUCGAAUUGUGAGAAUUGUUUAUGGCUUCCACCCCUUGGACAGUUGGGAAAUCUAAAAGAACUCUUUAUUGAAGGGAUGCAAUCAGUACAAACAAUUGGUACUGAGUUCUAUGGGAGUGGUGGUUCUUCAUUUCCCGCUUUGGAGGUUCUACACUUUGAGAAUAUGCAAGAGUGGGAGGAAUGGGACUUGAUUAGAGGUACGACUACAAUGUUUCCUAGUCUAAAAACUUUAACGCUAGGUAACUGCCCCAAACUGAUAGUAGGAAACAUAACAGACAAAUUUCCUUCCUUAACUGAACUUGAGUUAAGAGAAUGUCCUUUAUUGGUUCAAUCAAUUCCAUUAUCUGAUCAUGUAUUCGGGCAACUGACGUUCCCUCUGAAUUCUCUUCAACAACUGACUAUAGACGGUUUUCCAUCUCUGAUGUCUUUCCCAAUAGAUGGUCUACCAAAAACCUUGAAACUUCUCAUAAUCAGUAACUGUGAGAAUCUAGAAUUCCUUCCUCAUGAUUGUUUGCAUAACUAUACAUCACUUGUGGAAUUGAAAAUAUCUUAUAGCUGUAAUUCAAUGAUAUCAUUUACCUUAGGCACUCUCCCUGUCCUCAAGAGUCUGUUUAUUGAAGGUUGUAUAAAUCUGAAAUCAAUAUUAAUUGCAGAAGACGAGUCGGAAAAGAGUCUCUCAUUUCUUAGAAGCAUCAAAAUAUGGGAUUGUAAUGAACUGGAGUCAUUUUCCCCCGGCGAAUUGGCAACUCCAAACCUUGUUUAUAUUGCACUGUGGAAGUGUGAGAAGCUUCAUUCACUGCCAGAAGCAAUGAACAGUCUAGCUAGCCUUCAAGAAAUGGAAAUCGAUAAUCUACCAAAUCUUCAAUCUUUUGUCAUAGAUGAGUUACCUAGCAGUUUACGGAAACUAUCUGUUGGCUCUGUUGGUGGGAUUACCUGGAAUACUGAGCCAACUUGGGAACAUCUCACUUGUCUCUCGGAGUUGCGAAUUAACGGCGGUGAUACGGUGAACACGCUGAUGGGGCCAUUGCUACCUACAUCACUUGUGACGUUAUGCAUUUGUGGUCUUAAUGAUACAAGCAUUGAUGAGAAAUGGCUUCAACACCUCACUUCUCUCCAAAACCUUGAGAUUAUUAACGCUCCCAAACUCAAGUCGUUGCCAAAGAAAGGAUUUCCUUCCUCUCUUUCAGUACUAAGUGUGACUCGCUGUCCAUUACUGGAAGCAAGUUUGCGGAAAAAGCGGGGGAAAAAGUGGCGUAAGAUUGCUCACAUUCCCUCCAUAAUUAUUGAUGACGAAUUGAUCACAUGAGUCUUUUCCGGUAUCAUGCAGGAUUUAGAAAUCUACUGUUUUAUGAAAACUAGUUAUUUUGGCAUCAAUUGUGUUGAGACGGAGCUUGUUAUAGAUGCUACUCAAAAUUGCUUCAGUUAAUGCUGUGGAUUAUCAAACUUAAUUUGUUCUGAUGCAGAUAAAUCUCUAGUUUCAUCAAUGGCUUGUAAUUGAACCUAAAUCAUACAUUUACUCGUGGUUUGUAUUUGCUCAACUGGAGAGGUAGAAUUUUCCAACAGUUAUCUCAACAAAUCUGAACUAUGUCAGAAUAACAGACUGUAAUUUGUAAAAAAAAUUGCUAUCUUUUCACACCGAAGCUUCGUGUCAGAAUAACAUAUCUUUUCACACCGAGGCUGAAUAUCGUAUUCUUGUUCUUGCAACUAGAAAAUUGUAGUGAAUUCUUUUCCUUCAUGGUUUGGGUCAAAAUUAUGUUAGGCAGUCAAAGUGCUUUGCAUAUGAUUGUCUUUUAUGAAA